UGUGCUGUUCAACUAAUAGUUGAAAUUGAUGAAAUGGAACUAUUUCUUUUGUAGAAACAGUUCCAGUUGAAACUCUUCUUAGUGGAUUGUCCAGAGACAUUUCUGAGAAGAUGCAUGCUGAGCUCAGUUCAUAAAUAGCCUUACCACUUCCUCAUAUGGCACAUUUUGCAAAAUGGAGCUUGUCGUACUUCUCUGUGCUGUUUCUCUGCUGCAUUCAUGUGAAGCUCGAGAGUCCAGUGCUGUGACUCCUGUGUUUGUGCAGAAGAGAGAGGAUGUCCUUCUGAAUGUCACAAUAGCUGAUAUUCGUGAAGAAGAUACUGUUAUCUGGAAAUUCAAUAAUAAAGCUAAUUUAGCACGAUUUUUACCUGGUAUAGGACCAAAAGUAUCUGAUGAUUACUCUGAAAGGAUUGAGUUGCUUGAGAAAUACUCUGUGAAAUUGAAGAAUCUACAAGAGGCAGACAGUGGAGUUUAUACUGCAGUAGUGUCUGGGGAUACAGAUAAACAAAUAACUGGAUACAAGAUCACAGUUCAAGAUCCAGUGUCUCCAGUUAAACUGUCAGUGGACUCUGUGUCUAGCAGCUCAGACUGGUGUAACCUGACAGUGAGCUGCAGAGCACAGGACUCUCACAUUAACAGCACCUUUAGAUGUCUCAACCACACCUGCAGUCAGGAGGGAGGAGAGAGAUCACAGGGCACACCCUCUGCUGUUGAUCUCCAUGUCUACCUGUCCACUGGCUCCAUCAUCUGUAACCAUAGCAACCAGGUCAGCUGGACCAAGGACAUCGAAAUAAUUAAACAUUUCUGCCCCCGACAUGCUGGUCCAGAGAGUGUCUCUGCUGGUAUCUCCGUGUGCCUGCUGAACACAGCCGUGUUCUCCAUCAGUCUGAUCAUCACGUGGGUGCAAACAAUGUAAGAUUUAAAAAAUAUUUGUACAAAAUCUGGGAAGAAUGUAUUUCAACUCCUUUGUAAAGCUUAAAUGAUACUUUAAAUUGAAUUUUGCAAGUAUAACUUCAUGUAAAUAUUGUUUCUUUCCAAGAAAACUCCACAGGGCAUCUUUUACGAAAAUGCUUAUGAUUCUUAAUUACCCAUUGAUUAUACCCAAUAAUCACUGUGCUCACUUUGUAAAUAAAAUGAUUGUACAGAGAUGUUUCACAAUACUUUAAGAGCAUGUUAUCUCCUUAACAAAAAAAAUUACAUUCAUAUUCUUAUCAUUAAGAGAAAAGAUACAAGAAAUAGCCUUGAUAUAAUCCUGAAUGUUAUUAACAAUGUUGUAACAAUAUACUGUUAUGUAUGUUUAUAUGUACAGUAUGUUAUUAUAUUUGUUCAUCUUUGGGUGACUGCAGUUUCUGCUACAUGCACCAUUAUCUGAGAUUCAUUAAAGCUAUACUCAUAUUAUAUUUUGUGGUGAUUUUGUGAAUUCAUGGAAAGAGCCACUGACUUCCACCCCCCUGGUAUAUUGUGAGUUUUUCAGCAAGGAAUCCAUCAGUGCUACUGUAUUGUUAUAGGAAACACGCUGAAUGUAAAA